AAAUAAAAUGCAUCGAGCAAUUCCUGGCAGUGGAAACAAAUUCCUGACCAAGAAGUGGGAGGAAAAGAGGAAAAUGGUUGACAACAAGAAGCUCAAAAAUGUGAGGUCUCAAGUAGACCUCUCUGCUCCUUCAUCAUAUGGUCUUACUAAGAAAGCAGCAAAGCGAGACCAGUUAGUUGAGAACCGGUUCAUCGAGAUCGAGAGAGACAACAAACAUUUGCUCAAUAAAAUGAAACAAAUAUUAACUAAUGAUUCCAAAUUCAGUGUGCAAGAUAGGAAAAUGCAUAAAUGGCCUACCAAGAAGAACACCCUCCACGCCGGUUUCCGCAAGAGAGAGCUAGAAAGAAUCACCAGAGAGAACUACAACAUCCUACGUAGAAUCCAGGAGAAAUAAAUCACAGUUUGAUGUAGUCGGUUGGGAGAUGGAGCGUAGAAAAUAAAGAGAAACUUCUCAACAAUCUCUGUGAAUUCCCUCCUGCUCUCGCCAACAACAAUAAUAAAAUGAAACAAACCAAAGCUAAGCCGAAGAAAACAAAGAAAAUGAGAAAAGGCAGGAAUACCCAAUCGCUACCCAAAAUCCACGGAAGUCCUGAAAGGCCUCGCGAAGACGAGGAUGAUACUAAUAAUUCUCCUCAACUUCUAGGAGAAAUUGACUCUGUCUCCUCAAACGGCAAGGAAACUUCUAUUGAAAGGAAGUUACAUAAGCCAAAACCAAAGAAGUUAAAGCCGAUAAAGAGGAAAACAAAAAAAGUCAAUAACCUAAUCCCUAUAAGUAUAACUUCUGCAGAUGUCCAUGUUGAACCUGAGAGGAAAGUACUUUACUGAAAGAUCCAUAAAUAUGGGAAAAAAGAGUACCUGAUAGAGAUCUCCAGGACUAAAGUCAAGUACUACAUCAUUUCGAUCAGGAUGAACAAGAACCAGAAGACCCAGGUCCAAGAGUUCUUCUUCAAGCAAGGCAAGAAGUUGAUCAAAUCUGCUGGAGGGAUAGAAGCCCUUGCAGAUAGAAUCAAGUUCAAGUAUGGAUCCCUUACCAUUGAGGACCAGAACAAACUGCUGUAUGAAGGAAAAGAAAGUGUCAAAAGUAUGAGACAGCUUGCUCAAAAGAGAUUCCAUUCCCCUAUUGGUGACACCAUUAAAAGCCCUCAAAGCGAGCUAAGCCAACAUUUGGAUAAAGAGCAUAACGAUGAGGAUAGUGACACUGAAGAACAUCAUGAUGAGGACCAACACCAGGAAGAAGUCCCAAUGCAAGCAGAAGCAGGAAAUGGGCAAUACAAUGAUGAAUCAGAUACCCCUAAAGCAGAUGAGCUUGAUAACCUGAAGAAAAAGAUUGAAGAAGAGCCAGAGUCAGUCCAUGAGUACCCAAAAGAUGAAGAAGAUUAGCAAUAA